ACGGGAAACGGAAAACAGCGAGGUUUUCCUCCGACGAGCGAGAGUCAUUGCGACGAGCGAGAGUCCCGCCCUGCAUCAGUUUGCGGAGCCGCCUUAGUAGAAGGAGAGAAGGGGAGUCGAGGAGGCACGGGACUGGAGGGACCGAAGUUCACCGAUGGCGGCCCGGGGGUGCGCGGCCUCGCGGCUGCUCCAGCUUCUGCUGCUGCUGCUGCUGCCGCUGCUGGCUGAGGGCGGGGCGCCCGCGCCGUGGCACGGGGAGGGCACCAGCCCACAGCUGCGGGACAUCUUCCUGGGCCGCUGCGCCGAGUACCGCGCACUGCUGAGCCCGGAGCAGCGGAACAAGAACUGCACAGCCAUCUGGGAAGCCUUUAAAGUGGUGCUGGACAAGGAUCCCUGCUCCGUGCUUCCCUCGGACUAUGACCUUUUUAUUAACUUGUCCAGGCACUCUAUUCCCAGAGAUAAGUCCCUGUUCUGGGAAAAUAGCCACCUCCUUGUUAACAGCUUUGCAGGAAACACCCGUCGUUUCAUGUCCCUGAGUGAUGUUCUGUAUGGCAGGGUUGCAGAUUUCUUGAGCUGGUGUCGACAGAAAAAUGCCUCUGGAGUCGAUUACCAAUCCUGCCCUACAUCAGAAGACUGUGAAAAUAAUCCUGUGGAUUCCUUUUGGAAAAGGGCAUCCAUCCAGUAUUCAAAGGAUAGUUCUGGGGUGAUCCACGUCAUGCUGAACGGUUCAGAGCCAACAGGAGCCUAUCCCAUCAAAGGUUUUUUUGCAGAUUAUGAAAUUCCAAACCUCCAGAAGGAAAAGAUUACACGAAUUGAGAUCUGGGUUAUGCAUGAAAUUGGGGGACCCAAUGUGGAAUCCUGCGGGGAAGGCACCAUGAAAGUCCUGGAAAAGAGGCUGAAGGACAUGGGGUUCCAGUACAGCUGUAUUAAUGAUUACCGACCAGUGAAGCUCUUACAGUGUGUGGACCACAGCACUCAUCCUGACUGUGCCUUAAAUUCGGCAGCAGCCACUACUCAAAGAAAAGUCCCAUGUCUUUAUGCAGAACAAAGUGCAGUUCUUAUCAUUCCCCUCCUUCUGGUGCUGGCUUCCGGGACUCAACUGUAACUGGGAACUCUGUUGCUCUAACCCUCCUCCAGCCCUGCAGCCUCCCCUUGCAAUCAUCAUUCCUGUUCUGUGUAUACCAAAUGAUUCUGUUGUCUAAAGAAGCUCUUUGCUGGGAAAACGAUGUCCUGAAAUGGUAUUUCAAUGAGACAUAUGCGCAGGAUUUCAGAAACAAGAAAUUAGUUCUAUUUAGCAGGUUAAAAAAUGCUGCAUUAGAAUUAAAGCAAGUUAUUUUCUUAUUUUUAUAAUGACACAAAGCACUGGGAGUCAGACUGCUUGUAUAUUAUCAAACAUUUUUAGAGAAUUCUAAUAAAGCUGUAUUUUACAUCA